AGCGGCCGCCGGCCCGGAAAGCUGCGGGAUGGGAGAGGAUGGGGAUGGAGAGCGGGAUGGGGAGCAGGGAUGAGGAUGGGAUGGGAACAGGGCGAGGAAGCUCAGCUGAGCGUCCUUUGGACCUUUGGGGAGGUUUCGGCAAUGAUCCCGGAGCUCUUCCCAGAAUGUGAAAUGCUUCUGAGAAGCACCCAGCCGCUUCCAUCAUCAGCGCUGCCGGCGCUGCCGACAUUCCAGUGCCAACAGCACCACCAGCAUCCCUCUGCUCCUUCAUUGUGACCCCACAGUGAAGGGAAAUGAGGAAUGGUAGAAGCCUGUCGGGAGAGAGGAGGCACUUGGAGAAAGGGACAUUCUGCAGGGAAGGAAUGUUUCUAAUCAAAAGGAAAUGAUGAGCCAAUUGCAAAAUUCUCUUUGAGGAGUGUCUGACAAAAGCCACUUCCUUACUGGACAAUAAAAAAGAAAAAAAAAAGAUAAAUGACUCAGUAGAAGUGGAUCUCUGACGAAGCCAAAGAUGCAAUUUCCGACUCCCCCGUGAUUCCACCAAGCUUUGGAAGCAACACCAGGACAGAGCACAGAGAGGAGCUGGCUGGGCAUUUGGAGAGUGGGCAGUGAGGACCUCCUGGUGAGCUGGGCACUUUCUUCUUCAUGUCCCUGACCUGCCAGGAGACGCUUUAGGACAUGGAUCCCUAAGGAGCAAGAGGGACCAGGAAGCGCCGCUGAUCUGCACAGACCCCUUUGCCUGCUGCUGCCCCACAGGGAACAGCAUGAGAAUCCCUCUCCACCGACUUCAUCCUGCUCCAGGUCUGGGUGAGAAUUUGGAAUUUGUUGUCUGAGCCAUCACUCUGGAUUCACUCCUAUUGGUUUGGGGGCCUUCCUGGACCGGCUGGUACUCACUGAGAGAGCCUGGAGAGGCUGGUGGCAAAGCGGGGGGGGUGACAGGGGACAGCACACCCCACAUCCCUCCCUGCAGCCCUAUACAAGAAGCACCCAUUCAUCCCCACCAAAAACUUUUGGGGUGGCAGAAGAGGGGAGGGGAGAGGGUCUUGGGCACAUCCAAACAUGGGGGGCAUGGGUGACAUUGCUGCUGGGAUGGCAUGUCCCUGAGCAAAGUGGGGUGUCACAGCCUGUCCCAUCCAGGUUGCCAUCACUAGGAAAGACAGGAGCUGGGUGCUUCCCCCUCACCCCAGUGCCGGGCACAGAGAGUCCGGCAGGGCACAGCACGGGUGUGACAGCCGGGCUGGCGGUGACAGCGGGGCGAGGGCAGUGAGUCACCGCCACCCCCGUGCCUGCUCCACCCCUGGACUUUGCCUCCCGCGGAUGCUCGGGGCAAUAAACCCCAGGCUCUGAGGCGGGAAUGGGGCCUCGGGGUGGGCACCGGGGUCCCAUCCCUGGGGGAUCUGCACGAGCGGAAUCGGGAUGGGGAGUGGGAUCAGGAGUGGGAUGAGAGAAUGGAGUGUGCCUGAGGCGGUGGGCAGGAGUGCGAGGGAGCGGCACCCAGGCAGGCAGGACACGCAGGUGGCAGCGUGACGCUUGUGCACGGCGCCGGGAGAAGGUCACCUGUGCGCCAGGACACCCGUACGUGUGUCCCGGCCGCUGUCACCGCCGCGGCCACAGCCCUGGGCGGGCGGGCGGGCCCCGCGGGCGGGUGACAGCCGCACCCUGGAGCGGGCGGGCGCUUCCCGCCUGCCCGUCCCCAUCCCUGUCCCCGCCGAGGCCACUCGGGCUCCGUGGCCCCAGCGGACACCCCCAUGCAGCGGGAGCGCGGGGAGCAGAGCCCAGGAGCCCCCGAAACCGAGAUCAAGGCUGUCAUCGUCGGGGAUGGCGGCUGCGGGAAAACGUCGCUGCUGGUGGCCUUCGCCAAAGGGGACUUCCCCAAGGUCUAUGUCCCCACCGUGUUCGAGAAGUACACAGCGUCCCUCCAGGUUGCCGGCAAGCCCGUGAAGAUCCACCUGUGGGACACAGCAGGACAGGAAGACUACGACAGGCUUCGCCCUCUGUCCUACUCAGAUGCCAACGUUGUCCUCAUGUGCUUUGAUGUCACCGACUCCAACAGCUUUGACAACAUCCUAACAAAGUGGUACCCGGAGGUGAACCACUUCUGCAAGGGGGUCCCGGUGCUGCUGGUGGGCUGCAAGACGGACCUGCGGCAGGACCAGGAAGCACUGCAGAAGCUGAAGGACGGGCGGAUAGAGCCCGUCUCCCGCCAGCAGGGAGAGGCCAUGGCCCGGCAGGUCCGUGCCGUGUCCUACAUGGAGUGCUCGGCCAGGUACCAGGAUAACGUCGGGAACAUCUUCGUGACAGCCUGCAAUGCCGCCAUCAGUGCCGCCCGCCGGAGGCAGCGCAAGGCGGGACCCAGGAGGGGCUGCACCAUCCUCUGAGCCCCCCGGCUCGGCACAGCCCCCUCGGACAGCCACUGCUGUCCCCGAGCUCCGACACUCUGCCUCCGCCACCAGAGCGCCGCUGCCACCCGCCCGGCCCGGGGCUGGCACCGCCGGUCACCGCGGGGUGACAGCAGGAAAGCAUUCCUGGCAUGAACUGUCACCCGCCUGCAUCCCAGAGUCCCUUUCCCGCUGGGGAUGCCGCCGGGGAUGUCCCUGUCCCGCCAGGAAUCCAUCCCAGCGUCCCCUGCCAGCCGGGCUCUGGGGACGCAGAACUGAUUUGGGGCUCCCCUUCCCGCUGGCAGGCCAGCGCCGGAGGGGGACCCGGGGUCACUGCAGGGCCAUCUUCUGCCAUUAAAGUGACUCAAAACUCA